CACCACCUAAACGGCAAAGAAAUCAAGGCGGCCAAUAGCGUACCAACAGCGAUGAAGGCAUCGAACGAGCAGCUCCCAAGAGCAUACCUAUUUCGUCCUCCGCCUUGACCUCUGGGUCUGACCGGCUAUCCCUGAACUCACAUCAGAUUUAAUCAGAAACUCGUCUGUGUCAGUAUCCAAUUUUCCCCUAAGGACACUAAGAGCGACAAUUCCAGUGGAAAAGACCGCCCAUCCAGACUUUUCCAAAGUGCCGACUUCAUUGUCCCCUUUCUCGCUCCCCAGAACUAGCGUCUGCUCCCCGUCCUUCUUCGCACCCCUAGGCGCUUUCUUCGCAAUAUUUCCGGCACCAGCGGCCUUCAGCAUUUCUACCAGGCUCUCCUCCUGUUUCCCAGCCUUGAGUUGGGAGAUCAGAGCCAGGGUGAUGUUAACAUUCCAGCCGUUAAGAACGGAGUUCCCGCCUUGUCGACCCCUUUUAACGGCAGCAGCUAAAUUGAAACCCCAUUCUUUCUCAUGAAGCGGAUCAUUCGGUAUAUAUGGGUCAGGAUCUUCGUUUAUUAGUAUUCGAUCAAUGAAGAUGACUAAACCAGUAGAGCAACAUACCCAGAAAAUAGCCGAUCUCUUUGCUAUCGAUCAACCAUUGAUCCUCAACCACAGUUUUGCCCAAGGCAACACCGAUUGUUAGCUUAGGCGUCCUCUUCAGCUCACCAGGGCCUACUACUAGAAAGUUGACACCUGGAGCACUGACGUUGUCCAUUUUCUUAGCAGCGGCAGCGCGAAGGAAUUUUUCGAUAUCCUGAGAAAAAUGAGAUAAUCACAUUAGCAGCAUACUUUACAUAUUUCCAUUAGCACGAGAUUAAAUACCUUCUUGCCAUCGAGACCGCUGUUGCUAAACACAAUCCUAGGGGCAUCUCCCUCAUAUCUCUCUCGAGUCCUAACACUAAUGCCCUCUCCCUCGUUCAGAUCUUGCUCGGCAUUUAGGCUGACCUCCUCGCUUGCGUUCCUCGAGCUGGCUCCUCGCUUUCUAAGAGGCGUUUUCUUCGGUUUUGCCGUACUCCUCUUCCCUACUGAUUUGGGGGUCUUGACCUCAACUCUGUCCAUAGUUUGGGUUUGGGUUUGGGUAUCCGAAGGGACUGUGUACUGA